CGUUACACAUCUCUCGGGGCUUCGCACGGAUUCGUUCUGGCGGUGUUUACCUUACUGGUGGUGUGUUUAGCGAGCGUGUGCUGCAGAACAGAGCGAGCGAUAGAUCGAUGUUUUUGCGCUGGUUUGCUUUUUGGCGUUUCCGAGAGUCGAGAUCGAAUCGAGAGGCGCAAUUGAGCGCUUAGAAGAAGUUCGUCGCUUGCUGCCGCGCAAAUCUCUCGUAUGUCGAGCUUAAGCGUUUAAGAUUUUUUUUGUGUCGUUGCGCUUAUUCUGUUUAUCGGUUUGUGACAAGUGCUUCGGCGCAGAGGGGUGACCUUGCCUCGAGAGGAUCGUGUCGAUCGGAUUCUGAUGGAUUUAAAAGAAUUUGCUCGCUGAACCGUUUCCGAGCAUUCGAGAGAUUUGAAUGCUAAUGAAGUGGCCGCAGGGAUUGCAACAUUCGCUGUGUUCAAUGAGCGUGCGCCCUCAUCGCGAUUAAUUAUCUGCGGAUUAGUGUCACCUAAGUGCAAUUGACCAACAGAAACAGUGGACCUCCGACAUUGAAUGCCACGUGCCUUUCGACUUCCUGUAAACAGUGACGAUACGGCGAAGACAUCCAGCCGCAAUAAGGCAAGUGCUGUACGACAUCGCGAGAGGUGUGCAGAGUGAAUAAAUUGUUCUUUAUUUGCUUGUACUGGCAUCUUCAUUACAUGGUGUUACAUUUCAUUAUCUUGUAGCUCGUGUUGUCGUAGUCAUCUUGUUCGCGCAGUGCGUACCUUCCUCUGCUCCACGGCCAACGGCAAUUGCGAGCCAUCGAAACUAGCUGAAGCAGCGAACACCGACAACAUUAUUUGUGUUUGUACUUUGGGGGCACGUGCUUGGGAGAGAGGAUUUAUUAACUUAAGUGGCCCUGAUAUGUUGCUCGGCUAAUGAGCAGGCUCUAGUGAACCGCAAGCAGGCAAACAGGAAAAGUGACCCGAAGAAAGUGAUACUCGACCUCGGUGUGUUUGUUCAAGUGCAAGAUCCGAAUCUCUUCCGCGCACCAACAUAAUAGAGCAAAUAGCAACAGUACCCACAUCAGAUUCCGUUGAAAAGGUUACCGCGAAUCUGCGUGCUUUAAUUAGCAAGAUUGACGAGAAGUUUGGAGUUUUUGCGCUCGUUUCGUUUGUUGUAUUUUUUGUUUCUCUUGGUGUACUCGGAGCCGUUGGCAAACCGCACAAAGGUGCUUGUUGGUGUUGACUUUUAAAAAGUUCAAGAAGAUCCCUGGCUGUAAGCUGCUACUUCCUGGAUUGAAUCGCAAGUUCCAACAGCAAACAAGAUGAAUCAACAGUGUAAGGUGUGCGGCGAACCUGCCGCAGGCUUUCAUUUCGGAGCGUUUACCUGUGAAGGAUGCAAGUCAUUUUUCGGUCGGACGUAUAACAAUUUGUCAUCGAUUUCGGAAUGCAAAAACAACGGUGAAUGUGUCAUAAAUAAGAAAAAUCGCACCGCUUGCAAGGCGUGUCGACUGCGCAAAUGUCUGGUCGUGGGGAUGUCCAAAAGCGGUUCCCGAUAUGGUCGGCGCUCCAAUUGGUUCAAAAUCCAUUGCUUGCUCCAGGAGCAACAGGCGCACAAAAAUAAUAACAAUAACAACAAUAGUGUGACAAGCAAUAACAACGACACGGGUAGCAGCAAUAAUAACGGCAAUAGCAACAAUGGAAGUAGCAACAACACCUCACCCGGCUUGCUGCCGAAUGGGUUCCUUCCGAACAGCUUCCUGUCCAACCUUUGCAACAAUAACAACAACAACGUGACGUUCAAAAAGGAAGCGAAGAGACCCAGUUCACCGAGUGAUUCGGGGGCUUCAUCCGCCGACCCGGAAGAAAGUUCCAGCUUUAAAGACCCCUUCCACGGGAGCAAUCGUACGAUCUCACCAAAAGUAGAAUUUCCCGAAGUGACCCUAACCAAAAUCAGUCCCAAGGUCAGCCGGACUUCGUCAACAUCAUCGUGCUCAACCACCACCACGACGGACAGUUUUCGACCACUGAUGGAUCGAAUUUCCCCAUAUCUUCCUCACGGUCCCUACCGCCCCGAAGCCACCCCGUAUUUCCCGAUGCCCUUUGCCAUGCCUGCCGUGUCCCUGGGCUUGAUGGCCACCGGAAAAUCCAGCCACGAGCAACAUGAACCCAUAGACCUGUCCAUGAAAUCGAAGUCAUCGAGCUCGUCUGGAUCUCCGCUACGAUUAGGUUCAACCUCACCGCUACUGACAGAGGUAAACGAAUCGAGGGAUCUGCCAUCGUCAGUGGAAGUUCCCCGCCCAGUGCCCCUGGAUCUGACGUUCACUCGAACCAAACCCCUAUCCGGGUGAUAGUGAUCUGUUCAACUCUAUUCCCAAUGUACUUGUUGUAAGAUGUGAUUGACUCUACUUAUUAUCUAAUUAGGCUCUAGCAAUUAAGAACGAGAACCCCAACACUUCACAGUGCCAAAAUGUUGCCCAUAUUAUUCACGAAAAAAUAUCCUCGCAUUUGGAAGAUGGAAUAAUUGGGCUUGAACCGGGAUACGUUUUCCUACAGUAGUUUAAAAUUCUAAUACGACUAAUACCAUCUAUGCACCAUGGCCAGUUAACGCAUAGCAUUCGUUCAUUUCAUACGAUGGAAACAAAUUUUAAAUGCCAAGUCGUUUAUUCUCUCUAAGCCAUAGUUAACGACACAGUGAAAUGAAAGUUGUAGCCAGUAAGGGGACCAAUUUGCCAGUUUUAGACUAGAACAAUCGAAAAAUACUCCAUGACCACCAGUUUUUACACAAUAAUUAAACUCAUAGAAGCAAACCGUGACAGUGUAGCGCAAUAGUGUAGCAUAACCUCAGACCAGAGUAAAACAGAUUAUAAUCCGAUCGAUCAAUCGGUCAAACAUGGUGCCAGAUGACAUUGUACAAAUUGUUGAACACGAGCAACAGAAGAAAUAUAUUACAAAUCGGUGGAACAUGAAAACACAGAAAGUCUGAUUGUACAGUAAGAUUUCUCCCUCCACUAUUGUAUCAUCGGAUGGGAAAACGACGAUUUCCACUGGAUUUAUUUUGGGAAACGAUGCAUUUGUUUUUGUAUUUAAGCAGCACAGGUCUACGAUAGUAUUAAGUUGGAGUACUCCGUGUUUAUUUUUCAAUAAGAAUUCACAUUAAUUUAUUGAUUCGUAGCUCAAAUCCUCUCAGUAUUUGUGUGUGUUGUACAUCAUCAGAUUUAGGUAAUUGUAAAGUAUUUGAUACGUACUUUCAUUGUUUUUAUUUCUUUGUUUUCAUUAUUUGAUAGGUGCAUUUUCUUUUGUACAUAAGUUUGAUUUGUUUUAGUGAAUUUAUAGUUUUACAGUCAGUAAACUUAUUUAUAAAUGAUUUUUUU